AUGUUUUGUUUCUUAUUAGCUUUAUCCAGCUCCGUUGACUUUAACGAGGUAUGCGAUAUAAAAUGCUUCAUUCAAUCGUUAGUUAUUCCACUUGGUGAGGGAGAUAUUUCAAUUGGAUUAGGCAUGGGCAUGAGAGAUUUGAGAAUCCAUUCUAUUUCAUUAAACGAUUUACAGUUUACUUAUUAUGAUGAUACAACCCUAAUUGAUAACUUGUUCGAAGCGAAAGUUUAUGCUGAUUUUAUUAUCGACGGCACUUAUUACGAUGCUAGGGCACCUGGAUCUUUUACAAUGAUUGCAACAGGAUGUACCCUAUCUCUUGGAAUGAGAUUUGAUAAAGACUCCGAUGGUUUCAUUCAACAUAUUGAAAUUUUCCCUUAUCCUACUUGUAACUUAAUCAUUGAUGAUCUCCAGAUAAGUUCCUCGCAAGCUGGACUUGCAAUCCUUGCUCCAUUGAUCAAAGGGAUCAGAAAUAACCUAGCUCCCAUGAUAUAUCCACAAAUCCAGAAACUCGGAGAGAACAUUACAGAGAUGAUCAAGCCAUUUAAUGAGCUUACAAGGAAAAACCUUAACGGUUCCGUCCCGUUUGAUAUCCCCAUUGGCUCAGGUAAGAUAUUGUUGGAUCAAAAUGUCAUCUUUAAAGCUCUCAGCUUCGUCACAGGUACAUUGGUCGAAAACAAUGGUCCAUUCGACUUGAAUAAACUCUUGGGACGUGUUACAGGAAACACUGGCAAGUUCACAUUACAAAACUUACUGAACAUCACAGAAUCAAUGAAGGAUUUCUUCAAUUUUAGUACUAUAUUUGAGAUCCCCAUGCCAGAUAUUGAUACAAAUAUCACUUUGAUGCUUGAUGAUUUUUAUAUUGACGGUUUGAACACUUUCAAAGAUGUUCAGCUUCUCCAUGUUGUUGACCACUAUGACUUGUCCACAAAUAUCAAUCUUUCUCACUUUGAAGUUGGUAUUGCUCUCUCAUUAUUAGUGAAAGAUAAUAUGUCAGAAGAUUAUCUCCUUGGCCAGAAAAUAUCAGCUGGCGUAACCAUCGAUGACAACAAACUUGGCUUCAUUGCACAGCUCGGUUUGCCACAAGGUCGUGGAACAGAUUAUACAAAUGCACAAUGUCUUGAUAUUGACUGCAUUGGUGCAUUGUUUGACAAAGAUUCCACAGCCAUGACUAACAUCAACCUCACGACCACCCUCACGAACGCUACCAUCCAACUGUUGUCCGGACAAAUGACAUCUACAUUUAAUGAAGCAAUUAAUCGUGUCCUGAAUUUCAUUGCCAUUCACUUUGGUCGAUUCACUGGUGCAUUUAUCACAGGAAUGAUACAUGACAAAGUUAUUCCUAUGGUCAACAAUUUGAUUACAGGAGCAAUAGGCAACGCAACAUGCAAAGAUAAUCCAGAUCCUGAAUACCACGAAGUUGCAACAGGAUCAACACUUAUUGCAGUGAUUGUUUUAGGUGGUUUCGGUGUAGGAUUUUCAUUCUUUGCUAUUAUUCUUGGUCCACGUCUUCCAUUCUGCAAGAAAUUCUUCAGAAAGGACGAACAGGCAUCAUUAUUAAUGACACCGAAACUUCCUGUUUGGUUCAGACUUCUUAUUCCUAUUGUUUUACUUUUAGUUUUUGCAUUGUUUAUUUCAUCAAACACAGGUAUUGGUGCAAGUGUUUUCGCAAAGAUUUUCCUUGGAACAGGAAAACACGUUGAACUUCCUUCAAUGUUCGAUUUCGUUUUGAUUAACUCUAUCAUGGAUAUGUGGUCAUCCGGAGCUAUUGUUUUAGCUGUUCUUAUUGCUAUUAUGUCAUGUGCAUGGCCAUAUACAAAGAUUGUUUUCAUGUUUGUUGUUUGGUGUCUUCCUGCAUCAAAGAUCAAACCUCAUCAAAGAGAGAAAGCAGUUGAAAUCCUCGAUAUCCUUGGUAAAUGGUCUAUGGUUGAUUCAUACGUUAUGAUUUUGAUGCUUAUUGCUUUCAGAAUGAAAAUCAACCUUCCUCCUGUUGACGAAGCCGAUGUUUUACAGAUUAACUUGUUUGUUUAUCCUGCAUGGAGCUUCGUUACAUUAGUUGUUGGUACAAUUUUAUCUUUGGGAUGCUCACAAAUCAUUUUAUCUGCAGAAAGAUAUGUUGACAAACAAGAAUUAUUGGAUCAUCAAAUCCAAGUUUUGAUUGAUGAAGAAAACAAGAAGAACAACAAGGAUGAAUACUCCGAUUACUCAUAUUCUUAUUCAUCAUCUUCAAAUUCAGCUGAGAAAAAGAAGAAGAAAGAAAAUAAGAAGAAUAAAAAGCAAGGAUUGAAUGAUUUGGAUGAAGAAGGAGGAGAAAAGCCAAAGAAGAAGAAACUAAAGAGGAAACAAGCUAAUUUAGAAAAUGUCGAAGAAGACAACACCACAAAGAAACCAAAGAAGAAGAAUACCAAACAACAAAACGAUGUAAAUGCUCCAUUGAAUGAAGAAAAUAACGCUCAACCUCCUGUUUCAAAGAAGAAGUUCAGAUUCAAGAAGAAUCAAUUAGUUAUUAUGUAUUUGUACGCAGAUGGAUUCCUCCUUAAGAAUUUGCUUUCAUGCAUUUUGAUUUUCGGAAUCAUCACAUUCUUAUUUGGUUCAUACAUGAAGACUUUCUCAUUCGAGUUCGUCGGAUUGGCUGGUUGGGCACUUGAACUCGUCAAAGCAGAUCAAUACAGAGAAUACUCUGUUAUUGAUUUGGCUUUGCAACUCCCUGAAGCUGCAGAACAUAAGAACUCUUUCGGUAUCAGAUUCACACAAGCAAUUUAUAUUUUAGUUACUAAUUUGAUGCCAUUAAUUCAUAUGAUCUUCCUCGCGAUUUUGUGGUUUGUUCCAUUGAAACUGAAGAUCUUGCACUUCGUAGAGAGAAUCUGCGAAUACAUGUAUUCGUGGGCAUGUUUAGAUGUUUUCGUUAUCUCUAUUGUUGCAGCUGUUAUGGAAAUUUCUCAGCUCGCUAAGUUCAUGGUUGGUGACAAAUGUGUUGUUGUUGAUGUCAUCACUAAGGAGUAUUUCGCAAACGAAGAACUCAUCAAGGAACACUUGACAUGUUUCGAUGUCAUUACUACUUUGUUGAAAGGUUCUUAUAUUGUUAUCAUGGCUGCUAUUUUCCACACUAUUUCAACAAUCGGAAUUGGAAGAUACACGAAGAAAUUGAAUAGAGAUCUUGCACAGAUGGAAAGAGAGAAGAGAGAUCGGGACAACUUAGAACCUCUCCUCAAUGAAAAGAAGAAAUAA